AAGAGGAACAGGCAGCUAGUUUUCUGGUAAAGGGAAGAAUUUUGAGAAUUUGUAGCUUCUAUAUUUUCUAGGGCUAAAUUUUUUGCCUGAGCUUCGAAUUCGAAAUGGACGACAUGGCUGCGUACUACUCACAGCCCACUUAUCAGUAUUACCAGCACCCUCCUCCCCCGCCCAUCGUUGCGGUGGUGCCUCCCCCGCCGGGAGCAGCUCACCCGCCGGCGCACCACCUCCACACGCAGUACGUGCCUCACCCGCAGACGCCGCCGCCAAUGUUCGCCUCAUACGGCCCUCCGAUUCUUCCUCAAUCCCCCGGCAACGAGGUUCGCACUCUCUUCGUGGCUGGUCUCCCCGAAGACGUGAAGCCCCGCGAAAUCUACAAUCUCUUCCGCGAGUUCCCUGGAUACGAAUCCUCUCACCUUCGAAACCCUACCAAUUCCUCUCAGCAGCCAUUUGCUUUUGCUGUGUUCGCCAAUCAGCAGUCAGCAAUCAUGGCAAUGCAUGCUCUCAAUGGGAUGGUAUUUGAUCUUGAAAAGGAGUCAACUCUUUAUAUUGAUCUUGCAAAAUCCAACUCCAGAGCUAAGCGCACAAGGAUAGAUGAUGAGAGAGCUGGCUCAGAUAAGAAAGCUAGAGGAUCAUGGGCGACUUCAGAUUCUGCAGGUGUUAGCAGCAUUCACAUGCCUGGAAUGGGUAAUCCUGCUUUCAACACGAACACGAUUGGUUAUCCAUCUGCACAAAGUCGCGGAAAUGCUGAUGGUAACACUCUGAAUGAUGGUGUAUUUGCAAAUCUGAAAAAGUGUUCAACUCCUUACAUUCCACAAAAUUCGACCCCAUGUGCAACAUUAUUUGUGGCUAAUUUAGGGCCAUCUUGUAAUGAACAGGAGCUCAUGCAGGUGUUUUCUAGAUACCCUGGAUUUUUGAAACUGAAGAUGCAGAGCACAUAUGGGGCUCCAGUUGCAUUUGUUGAUUUCCAGGAUGUUAAUAGCUCAAGUGAGGCUCUACACAAUCUACAAGGCACCAUUCUUCAUUCUUCAGCAGCUGGCGAGGGAAUGCGAUUAGAGUAUCCUUUUGUCACCUCUUCUGCAUAUUCUUCCUUUCUCAAUAGUCACCAAUGUUUGGUAUUUGCUUAAUAUGGACUUUCAGAUAUGCAAAAUCUCGGAUGGGUAUGCGGAAGAAGCGGAAGUAAGUUUGAUAAUUAAAAUGUGAAAAAGGCAAAAGGCAAUGUGAUGGAAGAAUCGCUGGUGAGAAACCCUUUUGUGUCUGGUUUGCGUUAUCAAUUCAACUCUGCUGACAUUUUCGGGCACAAGAGCAUGGAAGCAAGCUGAAAUGCUAACCAUUGAAAGUUAGGGCAGUGUUAAUUAUCUCUUCUUUUUUUG